CAGACAGAUCCACACGCAUCCCAGCGCAGGCAGCACCGCUCGAGUGCAGGCGGGCUGAUUAUUCGCCCGACCGGAGGAGCCAGGCGCGGGCUUUGUUUAUCUCCGCGUCGCAGUCGCGCUGUCCGCCACGCCGAACUCGUCCAGAGGCACACUACAAUACGUCAGCUCACCAUCUUGUCGCAGGCAGUGCCUCAGGGCGCUCUGCGACACGACAAAUACCGCCACCAUUCCGCGCGCAUUCUUCGGCACGCGCUCGCGCAUGUUCGCCUCGACAGGGCCCUUGACGGCAUUCACGCUGCGCCUGCGCCUGCUCCACGCCCACCUGGCCCGCCCCAGCGCCCGCAGCAUCGUCCACAAAGGCGUCGGCUUCGGCGGCGCCAGCUACAUCAGCCUGAGCCUCAGCACCCCCAUCCGCAUCGACACCAAGGCAAACUCGACCAUGGCGGCCCCGGAGCACCACGAGGACGGCCAGGGCGGCCAGCAGAGGGUGCUGGCCAGCCAACGGGCCGCCGACCAGGGCGAGGCGCAGGGCCGCUUCUCCAAAUGGUUUCCCUUGUCGGCCAGGCAGGGCUUCGACCAGUGGUGGGCCGGACUGUCGCCCAUGGCCACGGAGCACCGCGUCCUCUCGUUUGUGCCCCAUCUGCAGAGCCCGCCGACACACUCGCAGACGGGCACCGACGGCCAUGGGCCGCCCAGGCAGGCCGAAGACCAUGUCACGACCAGCUCGGCCAGCGACCCGUACGGGCCGCGCCGAUGGAACUCGCAGAUGGUGCCGCUCAGCGGCAAGGACCGCGCGCUCAACGAGUUCUCGGUGGAGCGCGUGGGGGAGGAGGUGGAGAACAAUCUGGUCAUGCUGCAUGGCUACGGCGCGGGGCUGGGCUUCUUCUACCGCAACUUUGAGGCGAUAUCGCGCGCCGAGGGAUGGAAGGUGUUUGCCCUCGAUCUCCUCGGCAUGGGCCGCAGCAGCCGCCCGCCGUUCAAGAUCCACGCAAAGGACAAGGAGGGCAGGAUUGCAGAGGCCGAGUCGUGGUUUGUCGAUGCGCUCGAGGAGUGGAGGAUCAAGAGAGGCCUGGAGCGCUUCACGCUGCUGGGCCACAGUCUCGGGGGCUACCUCGCGGUGGCGUACGCGCUCAAGUAUCCCGGCCACCUCAACAAGCUGAUUCUGGCUUCGCCCGUCGGUAUACCCGAGGACCCCUACGCCGUCGACGACGACAUGCCCGGCCCACACGACUCGACCAUGGCCAAUGAGUUUACCCAGGACGCGGCCUCGGCCAACAACAGCGGUGUGCAGGCGUCGACAGCAGACAAGAACAACUUUCUGAACCAGCAAAAAGAAACGGACCGUGCAAAGGAUGCCAAGCAGCCGCCAAGACGACGACUGCCGUGGUGGCUGUAUUCGCUGUGGGAGGCCAAUCUGAUCUCGCCCUUUACCUUUGUGCGCUGGUCCGGGCCGCUGGGACCGCGGCUUGUGUCGGGGUGGACGUCGCGGCGCUUCUCCCAUCUCCCAGAGGAAGAGGCGCAGGCGCUGCACGACUACAGCUAUGCACUGUUCCGACAGCGUGGCAGUUCGGAGUAUGCACUCGGCUAUCUGCUGGCACCGGGUGCAUUCGCGCGCAGCCCGCUGAUUCGGAGGAUACAGGGCGUGGGGCGGCAGUGGAUACAGGCACAUGAUGCCGCCACGGUCGACGCCGACGGUGCACCCAAGCAGUCGCAGGCGGCGGCGCAGCGCGAGAAGGGGUUCCCCGUCGUCUUCAUGUACGGCGAGAACGACUGGAUGGACGUUGCGGGAGGGUUUGCUGCCGAGGAGAAGAUGAAGCAGGAGCGCGAACGCAUCCUGGCGACCGCAUCGGCCGAAGAGCGGCAGCAGGACGGCGGGGUUGCCAAGGUGGUGAUUAUCAACAAGGCCGGGCACCAUGUGUACCUGGAUGGGUGGGAGCAGUUCAACCGCGUCAUGCUGGAGGAGAUGGACGAGGUUAGGCGGCGCGAGCAGGGCCGAAGGCUGGCGUAGGCGUAGAGUUGCAUGGCGUUGGGCGUUGGCGAGGACUCAAGGCGAGGCGCGCCGCCGACGGUGUGUGUAAAUGUCCAAUUGACUUGUU